GGAAAUCAAAAGCCGGAAAUAAACUGUUGUGCCUACUCUGAUUCAUAUCUGUCAGUUUUGAAUUCUUUGCAAUGUGAACAAAUAUUACCUAUACCUUUAAUAACAGACUGUUUUACACCUCUCUUACGCAGAUCUAAAAGGGGAACUGCUGUUACGACAAUGACCACUACUUACACUCUACCUGCCUAUGUGGCCCAGCCGAGCGGCCAACAGUAACACUGGCCCCACCCGGGAGAGUAUUUCAUCAACAUAGAGCAUUUACGUAUCUUUGACGUUCAUUUGAGAGGACGUUGUCGCACGCCGUCAGUGCGUCAAUGCUUGUCUUGGGUCCAGUUCGGAGACUUCAGGCCAAUCGUAUAGUGUGUUAGACAUCAACUACAAAGGAUCUGAGAGGGAACUGCUGUCACGACAAUGACCACUACUUACACUCUACCUGCCUAUGUGGCCCAGCCGAGCGGCCAACAGCAACUGAUGAUGACGCAGCCGGCUCCACCAGUGGCAGUCAGCCAGUCUCAAGAAAGAAGCUGGAAGGCCAUAGCAAGCACGGGAAUAACUCAGGUCGUUCUGGGCUCCUUGACCAUCAUUUUCGGGAUUGUCACCCAAACGGCUUUGAAAAAACGUUACUGGACCGAUCUCGGAUCCCCCAUUUGGUGUGGUCUCUUGUUUUACGUCGUGGCUGGAAUCUUGGGCAUAGUGUCUGGAAGCAAGAGGAGCCAGGGUGUGGCUAUCGCUUACAUGGUCAUGUCCAUUUUGGCUUGUUUGUCUGCGUGCUUUGUCAUCAUCGUCAGCGCCGUUAUCCUGGCAAGUGUCAACGAAUAUUCGUGCCGUUAUUACAGUUCCAAUGACUACGGUUUCUAUAAUUAUCGCUACAACUAUCGGGAAGUAUGUAGCUUGAAGGGAGCUAUCACUAGCGUGUAUGCCAUAGUCAUACUUCUCGCAGUGGUGGAAUUUGUUAUUUCCAUCAUUGGGGCCAGCAUGACCUGCAGUCCGCUCUGCGGUGCUUUUCCGGUGACACACACUGUGGUGCAGUAUCAAGUCCCACCACAGACAGUGCCUGCUGGUCAACCUCAGGGUACAGCCGUCUGCAAUACAGGCCAGCCAAACGUUGUCUACCCGGUGGGGCAGGGACAGAUCACAACCUACCCGGCACAGCCGGAUCAGUAUCAUCAUCAGGCUCAAGCGCCACCAACUGAUCAGCACCAAUACCGGGAACUCACCAAAUAAGGUCAAGCACGAACAACCUUUGACACACUCUCGAACAUGGAAUUCUUGACACAUAUGUACCAUUAGGUUUUCACGCCUGCUUCUAGUGUUACGCACUGAAGCAGUAGUAUAGACCAAGAAGCAGUUAUUGAAUAAAAGCAAUAGAGGGUCAUUAUGUCCUAGCUUAUGUCUUUAAACAGACCAUCAAAUAUAACUUGUACCAAAGGAGACAAGGCACCAUUAUAGUUAAUCAAGAAAUGUAUACACUAUAUGUCUACUGCGAUUCGUAAGCAAACAUGGCUUGGAUUCUGCUUAUCUCAGCUUCAGAACUUCUCUUAAGUGUGUUAGUAGCAUAGUCUAACCAUUUUACAAUGUGAACAUUUGUGAAAUCCACGUAAGACAUCAGUCAUCCAGCGUUGCCCUACUCGGCUCCCAUGGGUCGUUUAUUUAACAUCAACUUAGCACCACAGUAGCUUUUCCAGUGCAUGCUUGGAAAUGCAUUUUCCGUUGCUCUUUCAGCUUUAAUAUGCAUGUUUCUUUGUGCAGGCUCGGUUUAGUAAUAUUUACAUUCCUUUUUUGUAAUUACGGAACUGUGUAAAAGGUUAAAUCAAGAUGGUUCUUUCUAUAACUUUGUGGUGAAAUUUUUCCCUGCCCAUCUUUCAUCUGGCAUUGGUUUUGUAAUUUUAGAGCACACUCUUAAAUUUCCGGGGGGUUGAUUCAUUAAUACAAAUUAGCUGCCAAACAAAUACAAAAAUUUGACCUGACAUGGCAUAAUGAGGAACGAUCCCCAUUUAUGACUUUUUUGAGAUAUGCAUAUGAGAAUAAAGAGAAAGGAAUGGGCUUUCCAGUGAUACCACAUUUGUACUCGUAAGCAACUCUGCUCCGAAAAUACGACGCAAUGAGAAGCAUCGCUGUGAUCAAAACUACUUUUUGAGAAAAACGGCAUUUAAAAAAGCAUGCGCCAGUGCUGCAAACGUUAGCCACUUGAGCAUUUUGUGUAAGCUCCAUAAUCGUUCUCCAUCUAGGCCUACAAGACCACAGCAACAUUAUGUUUAUUGGGCAGAUAUUGCCAGGACGUAACAAAGUAAACUGAAAGAAUGUCUUCAAACAUUGUUUCCUGGACGUUAUCUUGUUAUUUUUUAGAAAAAUAAAAAUGGCAGUGGAUUGUGCUUAUCAUGAA